GCCAGAACACUGGCAAGGCGGACAGAGGGAGGGCGCAGGCAACGGCCCUCUUCUGGAGGGAGGGGGGGGUGCUUAUUAUAACAACUAUAUACGCACAUGUGUGACCUGCUUGGCCGUACUAUAGGUCAUAUGUGGAUAAUAGUUAAUCUAAAAAAAAAAAAGAAAAAGAAAAAAAAACAUACAACGGCGACUUUCCAUUUAAAAUGCCUAUUUUAGUUUUCCUGUUAGACACGUCCGCCUCUAUGAAUCAGCGCACUUAUUUGGGUACGACGUAUCUGGACAUUGCUAAAGGCGCGGUUGAGGUCUUUAUGAAGCUGCGUGCCCGAGACCCGGCUAGUAGAGGCGACAGGUACAUGCUAGUUACAUUCGAUGAUCCACCAUACGGAGUGAAGGCAGGGUGGAAGGAGAACCAUGCCACCUUCAUGUGUGAGCUGAAGAACCUGCAAGCGUCUGGGCUGACGACAUUAGGCCAUGCUCUCCGCACAGCCUUUGACCUGCUUAACCUCAACCGCCUCGUCUCAGGCAUUGACAAUUAUGGACAGGGCCGUAACCCUUUCUUCCUUGAGCCAUCUGUAAUCAUCACUAUCACUGAUGGCAACAAACUCACACAUAACUCCGGGGUCCCAGAUGAGCUGCACCUGCCUCUGAACUCACCUUUGGCAGGGAGCGAGUUGACCAAAGAGCCCUUCCGCUGGGAUCAGAGGUUAUUCGCGCUGGUGCUUCGGCUUCCUGGAGCCGCUACUGCAGACAACGAGCAGCUUGGCAGCGUCCCCACCGAUGAGUCCGCCAUCACCCAAAUGUGUGAAGUCACAGGAGGGCGAUCCUACUGCGUCCGAACACAAAGAAUGCUGAAUCAGUGUCUUGAGUCUCUUGUCCAAAAAGUUCAAAGUGGCGUUGUCAUUAAUUUUGAGAAAACUGGGCCAGAUCCACCUUUUAUAGGGGAAGACAACUCAGUGGAGUCAAGCCGCUCUGUGUCAUCCUUCAGUCCACAGCUGUGGCACAGUUGCCACAAACUCAUCUAUGUGCGCCCCAACCCGAAAACGGGGGUGCCAGUUGGACAUUGGCCCAUACCAGAGUCUUUCUGGCCGGACCAGAACUCUCCUACACUUCCCCCUCGCACUGCCCAUCCUGUGGUGCGUUUCUCCUGUGUAGACUGUGAGCCAAUGGUGAUAGACAAGCUUCCAUUUGACAAAUACGAACUGGAGCCCUCGCCUCUCACCCAAUACAUUUUGGAAAGGAAGUCUCCACACAUGUGCUGGCAGGUGUUUGUUAGCAGCAGCGGGAAGCAAAGCGACCUGGGCCAGCCUUUUGGUUACCUGAAAGCCAGUACCACUCUCACUUGUGUCAACCUCUUUGUCAUGCCUUAUAACUACCCAGUGCUCCUUCCACUCCUUGAUGACUUGUUCAAAGUGCACAAACUAAAACCAAACCUCAAGUGGCGACAAGCCUUGGAGAUGUACCUUAAAACGAUGCCUCCAUACUAUCUUUUGCCUUUAAAAAAGGCCCUGAGGAUGAUGGGGGCACCAAAUUUAAUUGGCGACAGCAUGGACUGUGGUCUGAGUUAUAGUGUCAUCUCUUAUCUGAAGAAGCUCAGCCAGCAGGCUAAAAUAGAGUCUGAGCGGUUAAUUGUAUCUGUGGGGAAGAAGGCGCCCCAGGAAACUGGCAUAAGGGUGAAGAACCACUCCAGCUCCUUGUCUCUGGCCCACCGGCAAGAUUUUAAGCAGCUACUACAUGGAAUCACAGGAGAGGGUCCACUUCGCAUGGUGGAUAUCAACUUCAAGGAGUUUUCCGGCUUUCAGAUCGCCCUGCUCAACAAGGAUGUUAAGCCUCAAGCUUACAGAAAUGCCUACGACAUCCCAAGAUGGAAUCUUCUGGAUCAGCUCACUCGAAUGCGCUCUAAUUUACUGCGGACUUCACAAAAACUAGUCAGAGGGCAGGAUGAAGAUUACCUGCACAGUAUCCCAGUGGCUCAGAUGGGAAACUACCAGGAGUACCUGAAGAUGAUGCUGUCUCCUCUGAGAGAAAUCGACCCCGAUCAACCUAAACGAUUACACACCUUUGGGAAUCCUUUCAAGCAGGAUAAGAAGGGCAUGAUGAUCGAUGAGGCUGAUGAGUUUGUCUUGGGCCCUCAAAACAAAAAAAGGGCAAAUUCCAGUGACUCAAAUGCGGGUGCCACUCUGAAGAGAAGGCGGAGCAUGUCACCGUUACUACGGCGGCCCCAGACUGCACUAGUCAGCACCAACCACAUUCUGAUUGGAAAGAGUCCAGCUGGGGCUCAAGGGCAACAGAAUCUCCUUAAAGUCAUCCCACAGCACAAAGGGCUGGUGGUCACUGAGAGCAAUGGUGAUGGCGUUUUUGGGCCUGAGUCGGGGGAGAAUUGGCCCAGUGAGGUGGACCCUGUGGUGGGUACCCAACCUUCUCACAGCUUGCAGGGAAAAGCCACGCCAGAAGCAGUGGAUCGGGGGGAGGACAUAAACAUUGCCGAGGAGAAACCAGUGGUUCAAGAUGGUCUAGAGGAGCAUACACUAGAGGAGAGAUACAACUGUGAGCGACUGAGUCCACAGAGCCAGUUGGAGAGCUCAGAUAGUGAGCCGGCAGUGCUGGAGACCAUAUUCAUACCGCCACUAGAUGGCAGCCAAGCAGAACUGCGGACGCGUGUGAUCAAGGAGGUCCGCAAACCUGGUCGAAACUUUGGGGCGAUACUAGAACUACUGCAGCAAGUAAAAGGACCGAUCAAUGUCCAGCGCUACUUUAUCCAACACGCCAUCAAAGAGGCCUCCCGGUUCAAGAAGCAGAUGUUGAUCCAGCAGUUAGAGCUUACUCUCGCCGAGCUGGACGAAAAGCAUGGGACACCAUCACAACUUCCCAGUGAUCCUGCCAGUUAAGGAACAUCAAUUGAGCUGUGUGUAGCGAUGUAUAAUACAACGAGAGGCCAAAAAUAAGACAAGCAAAGGACAAAGGCGCUUCUAUGCGAAGGGUCCACAUGCGGUUACGUCACAUCCUGUUACAGGCCAAGGGGAGGCUUAUCUGCACUAUACAUUCAUUGGGGAUAAGUAGAAAGACUUUAUGAAUAUAAUCCUCUGCAUACUGACAGAUGAUAUCCACAAUCAUUCAGUAGACAAACACUCCACCAUACAGACAUUAAGCCAUAAAACAUCCUUAAAUGGCAGCACAGAUCUUUCUUCAGCUGGUCUGAAACGUGUUUCUGAGGCUUAAACCACUGUUUUAAAAACGAUGACGUGUGUGACCUCCCAUUUGUACUCCCACGACUGCUCUCUUGUCACCUCUGUUAGUGAGACGUGUAUCUAUAAUUCUAUGAUGUGAAAGCAAUAUAUACCAUCUGUACCGUUGAGGUCGGCAUUAUUGCUCCCUUAAAUUUGAAUUAUAUUGUCCGCAUAUCUUCCUAAAAGUCAAUGCAAAUGAACUAAUUUUGCACAAUUAGAAUAUUUUAUAAAAUGAAAAAGACAUCUCAGCAUCCAAAUAUUUAUUGUGCAACCUUUGGGCACAAUGCCUCAACAAUGACUCUGUUUAAUAUCCUGGUGCGCCUGCAUGUGUUAUUCGGACUAUUUUAGGGACACUUUGUGUUAUGGCUGAUUUGAGCUCACGCUGAAGGUUUUGGUCGGGCAAGUUUUAAACAGUCCUUCUUAGCCGUGAGGUGUCUUCUAAAACGCACUUGCUAAGCAGUCCAUGGUACUGAUAGCUUUCAGUGCCAGAGAAACCCAAAAGAAUUGAUCUCACAAGAGACUCUCCACCAUAUUAUAGGAAGGAUGGUGUUAUUUUACCCUCUCGUUUCGUGUAGUUGCCGAGAAACAGAAUCAGAACUCAAAUUCAUUCAGUUUGAACUUAUCAAUUACUUGUUUUGCAAAAGUAAUAUUAUACCCAUGAAAUCAGAAAGUAGCAGUUUUUUUUAAUCUGGAAAUUUUAUGAGCAAAUAAUUUUAUGCGCCGAUUAUACAAGAUUAGUUCAUUUGCAAUUAUUUCUAUUAUGAGUUUCUUCUCAAUUACGGUAGAUGCUCAAAAGUUCAGAGGGGGUCAACCAUCCUGACAUGACUGACUGUAAAAGUUCACAAACUAAUUUCACGUCAUCUUAAGGCAAUUAAAGUCUCCACAGAGGGAUGUUUUUAAUCGAAAUUGAGAUCAGUACUCACAUGCUGCCAAAAAAAUGACAUGCAAUAGUGUUCUUCGAGACACAAAUGUUCUAAAGUGGUAAUGUAUCAGUGUUAGAGGAUGUACUGUAUGUUGACAAAAUGCAGAGAGGUCCGGCUCCUUUAUAGCAACAGAAUGUUUUCAUUCUUGCGUGCAGCUGUCCGUGUCCCUUGUGAACACGCACAUUUUACAAUGUCACUCUAUGGGAGAUUAUAAGAAGAUUGGAAGUCAUUUCUAGGAAAUUGACCAUAACCACUGACCUGAAAAUUACAUCUCUCAUUUUAAGUCCCUAAAAGUAGGCCAAGCUAUGAGCGCACACUUCUUCACCCAUUACAGGGGCUCCAUUGACAGGCAGUGUGACAAUUUCAUUUGAAGGAAUUUGUGCAUCGUUCAGUUCCUGCUCAGUGACGGGGUGAAUGUGAGUGCGAAUGGUUGUCCGUGUCUAUAUGUGUCCUGCGACUGACUGGCGACCAGUUCAGGAUGUAGGCCGUCGGUCGCCCGAAGUCAGCUGGGAUAGGCUCGGGCGCCCUGCAACCCUGAACAGGAUAAGCAGCAUUUGAGAAUGGAUGGAUGAGAAUAGAUGGAAUUUGUGCAUCUGUGUUGCCUCUGUUGGCAGUUACAUCUGCUGCAAUGAUGACGUAACAACCCCCCUCCUUGUUUUCAUGACCAAUGUACACUACUGUUUCAUGUUCAUAAGGAAGACUGAUUAUUUUUGUGAAUUUGUUCAUUUCAGAGGAAGACAAAUAUUUUGAAAGUCAAUUUUGUAAACUUAAGAGUUUUAUUGAAUUUUUGUACAAAACAAAUAAACCACCUUUAAAAUGGUA